CCUAGAUAGUCGAAAGGUAUCAGUUCUCGCUUCGAAGUCACUGAACAGCCUCCUCCAAGAUGAAAGCCUUCCUUGUUGUUGCAUUCUGUGCCUGCCUGUUGGCGGCCACCACAGCAUCUCCUGCUCCCCAAUUGUCAACGGCCUUGUCGACUCUGCAAAGCGUGACAUCGUCACUGCAAACAACCAUCACUAACCUGUUGACGCAGAUCCAAACCGCUUUGGCGAACAAUGCCUUGACCGCAGCCGCCGCUUCGGCUCUGACCCAGCUCCAGUCGACUGUUACAGGCCUUCAGUCAACGCUGAACAGCAUCGUCAGCAACGGAUUGACCGCUCUUCCCACGACCCUCACCAGCGGGCUGAGCACCGUUGCCGCCGGAGUGCAGACUGCCCUGAACACUGCCAACACCCAGCUCAACUCGGUCAUCUCGGCCGGAACCGGUGCUUCGACGAGUCUGAUCAACCAGCUGACCGCGGCGACUUCCAAUCUGAACACCGUUGCUUCAUCGCUGACGACCCAGGUGAAUGCGCUGCUCACCCAGCUGAGCGGUGUGCUGACCGGCCUGCUCGGAACCGUUACAGGAACUCUGACCGGACUUCCGUCCCUGUUGACUGGACUUUUGGGAUAAGUCGCUCGAGGUAUGAAUCAUUUGCAUGCAAUUGUUAAUUUAUUUUCGAAAAAAUAA